GCUUUAGUAUAUAAAAAGUACAAAGUGCGUUGUCAGGAAGACAACAAGAAUGCUCACACCUGCUCAUGAGGGAGCAAAACAUCUUCUCGUUUCCCGGUUUUCUAUUUAUAAUUUAUGGGAGACGAAGAGAUGUCGCGGAAAAAAAACGAAUGACAACGGUGGUUUCUGAACAUGUGAUUAUAAUUGUUUUGUGGAAGUAUCGACUAAGUUUGUAUCGUUGGAAACGGAGAGAUGACGUUAAAAUUAUCGUAGUAGCACCUCCAAGGAUGCUCGUGGAUGAGACAAAUGUUGAUGUCUACUACCAAGUGGAGCCUCCAAUUCGCGAUCAUGAUCAUUGUCUUUUGAUGCAUAAGGUCCGAGAGUUGUGCUCAAUCUUUUCAUCGAAGAACCCUAAGCUUGUCGUGUUCGAGAGAUCCUUACAAAAACCGAUUGCACAAAUUCGAAGAGAUAUGGAAGUGGAUGGAUUUAAACCCGAGCAGCUUUUACAUUUUAUUCAUGCGGAAGAAGCAAUUACAAUGAGAAACGGAUUAGCAGCGAUUAGUUUGAGGCAGUGCUCUUUAUCGGGAACACCUCAACCUGACUCUUGGGCUGAGGCAGUCAGGAAUCAGAUUGGUGGAUUUCCUGCAGUUGUUCGCCCACUCCGUCAUCAUUGCGCCCAUUCUGUUGGCUUUAUUCGAAACGAGAAUGAGUUCAAAAACUGGUUUAGACGAAACUCGAGUGUUCACAGAAACGAACACUAUGUUGUACAGGAAUAUGUGGAUGAUGGGCAUGAGUUUAGCGCAGUCUGUUCAUCUUCAGACGGGAUUCUAGGUUGCAUAUCAGCUAUCGAAACACAUCGAUCGGUUUUGGAAUGUAUACAGAAUCAGCAGCCAUAUGCUUUGGAAUACCUUUCAGCAAAUCAGACUAGGGAUAUUUUUCCAGGUUUGGAAUCGUUUUGCAUUCAAGUAAUCAAAAGUGUCUUCCCCACAUCAUAUCUUGGAUUGAUAUUCAUUCGUGGUUACUACAAAGAUCACAACGAAAUUUUCUUUCUCGGAUUUGGACUUGAGCCUGACAGUGAAACAGCCAGACAUCUCUAUGCUCUUCCACAAAGUAGUCCAUGGGAAGUUAUGACUCUGACUGCUCAACUGGGUCCUCAACCUGAAGAUGUGGAUAACAUCGACAAAAAUUACCACCUGGUAAUUAAUUUUCCAUCUGCCGAGGGUGUUUUGAUACAUCAGACCAGUAUUCUGAAAAGAGAAAGCAAUAUGCGGGUAUCUUGGAAAAGUGCGGAAAGUGCUGAAAUGAAGGACAGUGAUCAUUUAGAUGACAAUGUUUUGCAAGUAUUUCUAUGGAAUUCAAAUCGAUCUCAACUUCUUUCCAACUGCAAUGACAUCAUCCACUCAACUGACAUCACCAUUGACCGCAAUGCUUUGAAUGAGCGACACAGUUUGUGUCGGAAAAAUGUUGCCAAGUUGACAUCGAAAGAACUUGUCAGAAGCUGUACUACUGCUGACUAGCUUUUUGAUUUUUUGUGUAGAAUUUCCUGUGGUAUUGCUCAAUAAGUUUAUACAAACCCUUGAUUCAAAUGUGAUUUUUAAUGCGAUCUGCUUUUGUUUAACAGAUCUCUCUAUAUUUUAUUGAGUAUAAAAAUCAUAACGAU